ACUCCCUCACCGCUCCAAGCGCGGGCUCAAAACCGUAUGUUAUCGCUGGUCGGGCGCUGACAAUCCUUUGUUUCUUCCUCCUGCCAUCCUGGCUUUAACAGGCGCUUCGUGCUCCAAACCGACCGACGGACUUCAUUACUGAGAGGCUCUGAGGCUUAUCACUUGCUUCUCCAUCCUGCCGGAACGCGAUGAGCAGCACCUGGAAUAGAGCGAGACGGUUCAUAUGGGGGGAGAUCCCCGCUUCGAAGGAAGAGAGGAAGUUGUUGUUGAAAAUAGACUGGUUCAUAUUGUCUUAUUGCUGCCUUAUGUACUUUACGAACUACCUAGAUAGAUCGAAUGUGUCAAAUGCUUAUGUUUCUGGUAUGAAAGAGGAGUUGAAUAUGCAGGGAACUGACUAUAACAAAAUCAACACUAUCUUCACUUGUGGUUACAUUGUUGGGAUGAUACCAAAUAAUCUGAUGCUUCAAGUGGUACCGCCGAGGAUAUGGUUCCCCUUGAUGCAGAUCGUAUGGGGCGUUCUGACAUUCUGUACAAGUGCUGUACAUAAUGUGCAACAAAUUUAUGCUAUUCGAUUUUUCCAAGGCGUGUCUGAGGCGUCCACAUUCGUCGGCACACAUUAUAUUCUUGGAUCUUGGUAUAAACCAAGCGAGCUUGGGAAGCGCUCGGGAAUAUUUACGAGCUCUGGAUUGGCUGGGACUCUAUUUUCCGGCAUCCUGCAAGGUGCAGUCUACCAGAAUCUGAACGGUGCUCAGGGUCGAAGUGGCUGGCGAUGGCUUUUCAUCAUUGACGGUAUCAUUACCUUACCUAUCGCUCUGUACGGAUUCCUAGUCUUUCCCGAUGUGCCUGCCACUACAAGGGCGUUCUACCUCUCGGAAGAGGAACGUCUAUUGUCGCAUGAUCGCCUCGAGCCAGCGCAGGAUGUUGACCGCCAUGGCCUAUCAUGGAAUUUGAUGCGGAGAGUGCUAGGCCGAUGGAGGUGGUAUGCAUGCAGCCUACUCUUCGCGAUAUCCGGAGAAACUGAGAGUUUGGGUUCCAAUAACCUGAUGGGUCAAUGGCUGAAGGCCAUCGGCGGUUAUACCGUGGAGCAGACCGAUUAUUACCCAUCGGGUAUGACAGCGUUUGCCAUAGUCUCGACGCUGGUCUGUGCGACCUGGACGGACUACACGCGCGCUAGAUGGCCAGUACUGGUGUACAUGUCUGUAGCAGUCAUUUUCUCUGCUAUCUGUAUAUUGGUGUGGUCCAGCCCGACUUGGCUCAAAUUCCUCGCGUAUUAUGUCGCUGGCGCGUCCUAUGCGGGCCAGGCUACAACAUUUGCCUGGGCUAACCAAAUAUGUGCGGACGAUGAUCAAGAGCGAGCUGUUGUCCUAGCUUCCAUGAAUAUGUGGAACAACGUGAUUAACGCCUGGUGGCCUCUGCUCUUCUACCCUGCCACGGACGCACCGAGAUUCCGCAAGGGAAUGAUUGCAAUGAUUUGCACGGGCGUGGCUACGCUCGCCGUCACCUGGUUGGUGUGGUAUCUCGAGCGACGGGAGCACCGUAUUAAACGCACGUGUGAGAUCAAGAACGAUGCGGCCUCCCUCGAUAUCAAGGAAGCGGAGGAUGAGAAUGAGAAGCCCCGGAGUGCUAGCGUGGAAGUACACCCAACUUCAGUGGGGCAGAGGGCGGUUGCAGUAUAACGAAGGAGGCAAGGAUAGAAUUGAUCAUUGAAUCUAUCACAAUGUACGAUGUACACGGUGUAUAGUCUUGGUGGAUAAAAUAUCUGCAUUGUCCUUGAUCAUCACUCACUCCCGAUGUCAUCCCCAUCGAUACGAGCAUCAGAUGUAUAUUAGAGAGCGCGGUAGGUACUGAAAAGGCGGAAAAUAAAAAAGCAAAGCAAUCCAUCCAGAACAACUAUUGAUACAUUUAUUUGACUUUGAGAAACGGUCACUAUACUUACUUCUGAUUGCACAGCAGUUCAGGCGAAAGCAACGGACUGCGACAUCUUACACAACGGUGAAUCAUAACGUAAGUGAGCAAUGGUACGGAAUUAAGGGAAGUGGGGGUACGGAUAGGAGGGAAGGUGGUGAAGGUAAAGCAAGUGCAACAGUCUGUGGGGUGAACUAUAGAAACAUUGAAUGUAUAGCGUUGCAAUAGAUUGAUUGACAUUGAGUUGAAGGGCUCCAGGCUCCGGGGGUGCGGCAGGGUAUCAUUGAUACAUGGGUAAUGUGCGCGCGGUCAGUCGAAUAUCAGUGGUGAUGAGCGGCAGCGGUUAGUACUGGUUUGCGACCUUCAGUACCCGCUUGUCGUCGUACUCCUGGACACUGCCUACUGCACCAAGGUUGUCGUCGCCGAAACUGUCAGGCAACGCCGGUGUAGCCGGCAUGGCAGGCAUAGCGGGAUCCAACUCCCUCGAAUGCGAGCUAGCGCGCUUCCUGACCUUGGCAGAUCCGUCGCUCGCAACUCCGUCAUACGGGUCAUGCUCGCUGGCAGAGACCGGGCUUAACAAGCUCGCGCUCCUCCGGUUGGCAGCAGUGGGACUAGAGCGGUCUGCGUACGGCAAGUUCGCUCGCUCAGUCUCGAGAGGAGGCAGAGCCUUCGGGACUGCCGUAGCGCCCAUAGGAGGAGGCGACGUCACGUUAAACUGGGGCAUAGUCGGAUUGGCCGGGUACACAGGCGAGCGCACAGGGUCGUAGAUCGGAUUCGGGAGUACAGGAGCACCAUAGGCGUUCUGGUAUUGGGGGUUGACAGUGGGCGGGCUGACCAAGUUACGUCCGUACCCUUGACCAGCGUUGUAGUCGUACCCCAUCUGCUGCUGCGGGUAGCCGGCAGGGGGCAGCACAGGUGCUGCGCCG